AUGGAUUCAUUACGCUCGACUUUGAUGGAGUGGUUACUCGUCAAGGACCCCCGGCGGUUUGUUAUAUUUCCCAUCCGCUAUACAACGAUUUGGAGAGCUUAUAAACAUGCCAUUACGACACUAUGGGAAGCUCAAUACACUGGUUUAUCAUCAGAUUACAAAGAGUGGAAGCAGUGCUUGUCACCCGCACAGCGAUAUGUUGGGGUUGUUUUCUUCAAGAACUCUAUAGCUUCCCAUGGAAUGCACACGAGAAUAUUGGAUAUACUUUCCAAGGAAAUCACAGUACCCGAAGCGCAUUGUUUUUUUUCGGUUUCUAGUCGUCGUUCAUUAUGUUUUAAUAGCGAGAACGUUCAUAAAGAGGCGAUGGCCAAAAUUACGCAUGGCCUUACCAGGCUCCGAAUGGAAGGUUGUACUGAUGAUUGGGGACUAUUGCAUCACAAGAAGAAAUUUGUGGACAUGUGGUUGAUGCCUUUGGUAUAUCCUUUUUCGGAGCGGUUGCUCAUCGUCAUCUUUAUUCAAGGAGUCUUUGGUAUUUCUCUGUCUCGAAUUCUACAAUGGUUUUCUUCCAAGGAUUAUCUGCCGGCUAUGAUGUCUACUUACACUCGAAUUUUAAACGAUCGGGAAUGUCACAUAGAUUUUGUGUCGCUACUUUUUUACCACCUAAAGAGACGUCCAUUGGCCGGUUUUGUUUACGAAUUUGUUGGGGUUAUUGUAAACAUUGAAAAGGGUUUCGGUAAUGCUUUACUCAAUAUGCUCAAUGUAGACAUUCUAGAAAGCGAUAUGAACCGGUAUAUAGAAUACAAAACAGAUGCCCUUAUUGUAUCCUUAGGAUACAAGCCAAUGUACGGUACGAGUAACAAAGUAUUUAUUCUUCCAUGA